CAGAGGGGGCUCCCUGCAGGGCAGUAAUAACACUUCAACCUGGAUUUACCACCAGCCCUGUGCUUUAGAUAGCUUAUUUUAUAUUUUCUUUACAAUAUCCACUCAACAAAAAUGACAGCAAGUAUCGUUUCUCCUUUCUUCGACUACUACGAAAUUAACAAGAACAAUAAGAUGUUUAACUACAACAACAACACUUUCGGUGGGCCCCACUCCACGUCUGUCCCAGUCUGCACUGGUGCCAACAACCCCCCCACUGGUUCCCUGCUGGACAGGAAGGUGGUGGGGGUCCCCUCUGCAGGGGGCAGUGGGCUGUUCCAGCGCCGCCACUCGGUCACCCUCCCCAAUGCUAAAUUCAACCAGAACCAGUUCAUCAAUAGUCUCAAGGCAGACCCCUCCUCGCUCCUGAGUGGUGGUGGUGGCAGUAACAACAAGGAGAACCGCUUCCGGGACCGCUCCUUCUCUGAGACCGGGGAUCGCCUCAAGCCGGGCAGCCAGCUCCAGUGCCUUGGCGGCGGGCAGAGCCAGGGCCAGCAGCAGCAGCAGGUCAACUCCAGCCGCUACAAGACGGAGCUGUGCCGGCCCUUCGAGGAGAACGGCACCUGCAAGUACGGCGACAAGUGCCAGUUUGCCCACGGCAUGCACGAGCUGCGUAGCCUGAGCCGCCACCCCAAGUACAAGACGGAGCUGUGCCGCACAUUCCACACCAUUGGCUUCUGCCCCUACGGCCCUCGCUGCCACUUCAUCCACAACGCCGAGGAGCGCCGCGGCCCGCCACCACCCUUCUCCAGUUUCAACAAGAUGGAGCGCCCCCGCCUCCAGCACAGCUUCAGCUUCGCCGGCUUCCCCAGCCAGGGCGGUCUACAGGACAGCCCCACCUCGGUCACCCCGCCGCCCAUCUUCACUACAGAGGACCUGAGCGAGUGGCCCAGCAACCCCUUCACCUACUCCAGCCAGGAGUUGGUCAAUCUGUUUGGCCCCAGCCUAGUAGGGGGGCCCCCUGUCUUGGAGCCCAACCUGCUGGCCCCGGCGCCCCCCUCCCCCCCUCCCCCCUGCUUCUUCCGGCCCAUGUCGGAGUCUCCCCCCAGUCCCCCGGACUCUCUCUCCGACCAGGAGGGCUACCAGAGCAGCCUGGGCAGUCAGAGUGGCUCCGACUCCCCCAGCCUGGACGCCUCGCGCCGCCUGCCCAUCUUCAGCAGGCUCUCCAUCUCUGAUGAUUAGAGAGCCUACACCCCCACCCAGUGCCUUGGAUGGAUGGAGUGAGAGUGAAAGUGAGUGCCUGCCUCCCCCACGGUCCUGUCCCCCUCCCUUGUCUCCUGGCCUUGUUUACAACCCAGAAGUGGACAUGGUUCUGUUUAGCAGUGUUGUAGCCACUGAGUCCAAUCAGAAUGCUCAGAAAGUGGCUUGCCUCAGCUGCAGAGGAACCUCAGCUCCCCUAUCCCCCACUCACUGAACCCCCCCCUCCCUCAUCUCAGAUUACUUCAAUUAGCCAACAGAGGUGUGUUUUUGUUUUACCCAAACAAUCAUUCAGCCAAGUGGUCACUCAAGAAUCGUGAGUAGCAAGUUGGCCCUGGGUGAUGUGCUACAAUAACGGUGAACAGUAGAAAUCAGAGGGGAUGGAUAAGGACAUGUCUGUGGGAAGUUUCAGUGUGUCCCAUGCAGGAUUCCCCUGUCGUUUUGUGUGUAGCAGUGCUGCAUAUCUUCACAUUGCCAUUGCUCCCUGUGCCACAGCUAUCUUCAAACCUCCCAUACUUUUACGCCUCGAGAGGACUUGUGACAAAUCCGUGCUCCAUUUAAAAAGGGUAAUCUUUCUCUUCAAAUUAAAGCAGCAAAAAAUGAUUGGACUAUCAGUUCCAAUGAAGUGCCUUGGUGUUGUCCGAUCAAUGUGUGCCAAGAAAUGUGUGGGACUACAAUUGUUACUUUUUCCACGUCUAAUGAUUGCAAAAAAAAAUAUGUUCCUCUUUUUUAAUUUUAUUAUGAGGACUGGACAAACACACAGGUGAUGGUUUUUGUUUAGAAUCAGGGCUGGAAUAAUUGUUAUAAUUUUUAUUUUGGUGCUACUAAGAACCCUUAUAAAAUGUCUACUGGUCUUGUUUGGUUUCUCUAGUUAUGUGGAAGGAGUAGGACCGUUCAUCAGUGUAAACUCUGGUCAUUAAAUAUUUGAGCUUGGCCUAUAUUCCUUCUCCCAGUCCCACCCCCCCAAUAGCUGACUGAGAUGACAACUCAGUCGCCACUGUCGAAAAUCACAUGAGCGACACGCUCUCCCAUUGAUUCCACCCUGUUCAACUAUAUUAUUAUUAUUAUUGUCUAGUUUGUUUUGUAAAACCUUCAAAAUGAAGGUUUGCUUGUCACUGCUUAUUUAACUUAUCAAAAUGUAUUUAUUGCUGAUCUUAAAGCAUUUUUUUUAUUUUGUAUUUAUCUGGAUAAUGAAACAAUAGAAUAUAUUUUCUUUUAUGUUAAAUUAUGAUCUUCCGUAUUAAUCGUAAGAUUGUGAAGACUUUUUUUUUUACAGUUAAUAUAUUAUACUGCAAUGACAUUUUUCGUUUUGUAACUACACUUUGAUUUAUUUUGAAAGUGAAUCUUAAUUUAAAUACAAAAAAUGCAAAUGGGUUUUUGCGUUUUUAUUUAUUGUUUUUUCUCUUCCCUGGUAUUGGACUGCGGUUUUCAGGUUCUCUAUUUUGAUGUCUUAAUCCCUCAUCCAGUUGUGGGCAGCAGCAGCUCUCGAAGGCCCUCUAGAAUGUAGACUAAGCGGGGAACAGUCCUCUUCCUGUUAUUUCACUGUCCUUUGACCAGGAAAAAAUAUACAUUUUAGUAUUUAAGAAGUCACUCUUAGCCUAUAUAACCAGAAUUUAUGCUGCAAACGACAAAUAAACUCUUAUUUUAAUAAGUUAGUUAUGGACGCUCACCUAUUCCGCAAUACCAUGCAUACAUUUACUAGCACUUUUAGUUGAUGAUGUUGUUGGACCACCCGUUCCCAUAAGUGCCUAUCAAUACAUUCCAGGUAUCCCCAAGUGUUGUGCCUUUAUCACGUUUUAUAAUACAGAGCAGAUUUUAAGCCUAAACUUGUUCUUGUAGUUAACAGGAUUGACACAUGACAUGAAAAGCAACAGUUGAAUGUAUUCUUUAUAGCAGCUGUUGCUGUUCACUACAGUAAUUUCUUUGUUCUCAUGUAUUUUUUAAAUGACAGAUUGCAGUUUAAACUUUAAACUAAUAAAACCCAUAUUUCUAUUGAA